AUGACUACAAGAUUUAAAAAAUCACGUAAACUUAGAGGUCACGUCUCAGCGGGACAUGGAAGAGUUGGAAAACACAGAAAACAUCCAGGAGGUCGUGGUAAGGCCGGUGGUGACAGUCAUCACAGGAUUUUGUUUGAUAAGUUCCAUCCCGGUUACUUCGGAAAGGUUGGAAUGAGGCAUUUCCACAAGCUCAGAAACCAGUAUUUCAUGAGGACUGUGAAUGUAAAUCAGCUUUGGGAUUUGGUUCCUGAGGAAACACGUAAGGAAUACGCUGAUAAGCCUGAUAUGGCCCCCGUUUUGGAUGUUAUGCAGAGUGGAUACUUUAAAGUCCUUGGAACUGGCAAUAUGCCUCCGCGCCCCCUUGUUGUAAAGGCGCGCCUCUUUAGUAAGACUGCAGAAAGAAAGAUUAAAGAGGCUGGAGGAGCCUGUGUUCUUGUUGCUUAA